GAUAUGGAACAAGAUAAGAGAGAUAGAUAGAGAACAACACAAACAAGCACUGACAACAAUUCUAGCAAUGGCGUCUUCAGCACCAUUGCAAUUUAUCGAAUGCUGCGCCAAUUCCACCACCGUUACCACCAAUAAAACCACCGUACUCUACCACUCUAUCUCCUCUUCUUCCUCUAACCGCUGCCGUGUCACUCUCUCCCCUCUUACUCAUAGACGCCGCUAUUCUCCUCCCAGAGCUUGCUCUUCGCCGCAACCGCAACCACAACCGCGAAGGCAGUUCUUAGCUCAAUCGGCUGCCGCUGCUGCGGCGGCGUUGUCUCUUUCGCCUUUUCUCUUUCCUCUUCCGGCAAAAUCGGAGGACUCGCUUUCUGACUGGGAGAGAGUUUACCUUCCGAUUGACCCCGGCGUGGUUCUACUAGAUAUUGGUUUUGUUCCUGAAGAUCCUAAUCAUGGAUUUCUGUUAGGGACAAGGCAAACUAUUUUAGAGACAAAGGAUGCGGGACAGACUUGGGUCCCGCGUUCUAUACCAUCAGCUGAAGAAGAGGAUUUUAAUUACAGAUUCAACUCCAUAAGCUUCAGAGGGAAGGAAGGUUGGAUUGUUGGUAAGCCUGCAAUUCUGUUGUACACUAAUGAUGCUGGGGAAAACUGGAAAAGGGUACCGCUGAGUUCUCAGCUUCCGGGUGAUAUGGUUUAUAUAAAGGCAACAGGAGAAAACAGUGCAGAGUUGGUGACUGACGAGGGAGCAAUAUACAAUACUUCAAAUGGUGGUUACAACUGGAAGGCUGCUGUACAGGAGAGUGUUUCGGCUACCCUUAACAGAACAGUCUCAAGCGGUAUUAGUGGUGCAAGUUACUACACUGGUACCUUUAAUACUGUCAAUCGUUCCCCAGAUGGUAGAUAUGUUGCUGUUUCAAGCCGUGGAAACUUUUAUCUGACUUGGGAACCUGGCCAGGCUUACUGGCAGCCACAUAACCGAACAAUUGCAAGAAGAAUUCAGAACAUGGGUUGGAGAGCUGAUGGUGGUCUUUGGCUGCUUGUACGUGGUGGUGGAAUGUAUUUAAGCAAAGGCUCUGGGAUGUCGGAGGACUUUGAGGAAGUGUCCGUACAAAGUCGUGGUUUUGGGAUUCUUGACAUUGGAUAUCGCUCACAGGAUGAAGCUUGGGCAGCUGGAGGAAGCGGGGUUCUAUUGAGAUCCAGCAAUGGUGGUAAGAGCUGGGCUCGUGACAAAGCAGCUGACAAUAUAGCCGCAAAUCUUUAUUCUGUGAAGUUUAUUGAUGACAAAACGGGGUUUGUGCUUGGAAACGAUGGAGUUUUGCUUAGAUACCUGGGAUAGAGAUGGUGUAUACUCAUGCUUGCUGAGUUGCUGUAAUGGAGCUUCUUCUAACUAUAAUGGUCAUUUUUAACCGUAUGCAGGUUCCUCAGUAAUUCUGGUCGAGUUUUGUAUCUGUUGUAUGAGUAUUCUUACAAUUUUCCUUGUAUCCAAGGAAAAACUGAGAUGAUUCUUUGAUUGUCGAUAUAUGAUACUGUAAUUAAAACAGGACAUUUGAUUUUGUACCAAGCUACUGUAUACCAAUCUUGUUGAAAAGCCACAAUCUCCUUUUUUGCAAGGUAUACCAUCAUUAUUCAGGUUGAUUAGCAUGAACUGGUUUUGUAAAUUCUCAAGAAAUCUUCAAGGAUCUUUAUCUUGAGCCUAGGUUGGCAGAUUGUUUUCCA